AUGGAUUUCCCUGAAGGUGGUUGGAGAGCAUGGGCAACAGUGGCUGGAUCAUUCUUGUUCAAUUUUUGUGGUUUUGGUUAUACAAUGUCGUUUGGCGUGUACCAGGCUUAUUAUGUCGAACAUUAUAUCACAAACCAGUCGACUUCUACAAUCUCGUGGAUCGGGAGCGUGAAUUCAUUUUUGAUGAUCUCUGGCGGUGUAAUAGUUGGGAGGUUGUUUGACAAAGGAUAUUUCUAUCAUCUCAUUACUAUUGGUUCACUAUUAUAUUGUUUUUCGCUUUUUAUGUUGUCUCUAGCUCAACCUGAUAAUUUCUAUCAAAUAUUCCUCACCCAAGGAUUAGGAAUGGGCAUAGGAGCAGGUAUCAUCUAUGUCCCCACGGUCGCCGUUGUAUCUCAUUACUUCCUGCGAUACCGAGUGAUUGCGAUGACCAUUGCUGUAUCAGGAACUUCACUUGGCGCCGUCAUCCAUCCCAUUAUGAUGAAUAAACUACUCAACAGUAAUAUGUCAUUUGGAAAUGCUGUGCGGAUAAGUGCUGGCAUGGUCACAGGCUUGCUCAUCAUCGCUUCUAUGCUUAUGCGCACGCGACUUCCGCCUCCAAAACGCCUCAUUCCUUUGGGUGAAGCAGUUAAGAAAUUUUCUCGUGAUAGAGCAUAUGUGUUCGCGGCUUUGGGGUUGCUGGUCUUCACCAUGGCUUUCUACUACCCGCUCUUUUAUAUUCAACUAGAUGCAACGGCCCAUGGUCUCAGUCAAACGAACUCGUUCUAUUCGGUAAAAUUUCUCGUCAUUUUGAAUGCCUCGAGUUUCUUUGGGCGGAUCCUUCCUGGCUUCUUUGCCCAGACCCUCGGUGUUCACAACAUGAUUACUGUGGCUGACAUGGGGUGCACUGUUUUGAUCUUCGGGAUGAUCGGGCUUCGCAACCUGGGAGGCUUUAUCGCCGUCGAGAUCUUCUACGGAUUCUUUGCAGGAACAUUUGUAGGUCUGAUGGGACCAUUGAUGGCUUUGUUAAGUGAUGAUGUCUCAGAACUGGGGGCUCGCAUGGGUAUCGGUUUCUUGUUCUCCGGUACACCUAUCUCUGGUGCUUUGCUCUCUACUCAGGAUAUCUGGUGGAAGCCUGCACUCUUCAGCGGAGUGAGUAAUUGCAGUUCACAUCUGAUGGCCAUUUUUUAUUGA